AUGCCAGAAGAAUAUCGUAACUUAAUGAAGCAAUGUUGGGAUCCACAGCCAGAAAAUCGACCAACAUCGAGUCAAUUAAAUAAACAAUUAUGUGACUGGAUUACAGCAAUUUGUGAUGAUCCAAAUCCUUCACAAAUUUCAAAUAGUUUUGGUAUUGCUGAAGAGAAACGAUGGGAAUCAAUUGGAAGAGAAAUUGAAAAUAAACAAUUAACAACAUAUUCUAUUCAUAAAGAUGCGAUAUAUUUCAUAAUAGAUGUAUGGCGUGCGGCCUUUUUUUUUUCGAAAAAAAAAAAAAUUGCCAAAAACAAAAUUUAA